AGAAAAAAAAAACAAUUCAAUUCUCUUCUCAACUCGACGGCCAUCUUCUUCUUUCUCUCUCCACUCCGUCGCCGCCCCUUGGCCUCCCUCAACGGCCACCGCGCCCCUCCUCCGCCGCCAAAUCGCACCCAACCCCUUCCCCUUUAAACUAUUCCACCUAUAAGGCCGCGCCGCCGCCGCCGACGAGAGAGACGGCCAUGACCUCAGAGGUGGCCGUAGCUCUCCGGCGGAAGGCGGCGGAGAUGGCUUCCACGGCCGCGGCGGCGUCGUCGCAGGGGUGCAUCUCGUGGGCGCUGCGGCAGCGUGGGCUUGGUGGUGGUGGUGCGCGGGCUGUCCCGGUGCUUCCCCGCCGGAGAUUCUGCGUCUCCGCGGCGGCGGGUGCGGGGUUCGACAACGAGAAUCGCGAGUAUGUGAUCGUGGGUGGAGGCAACGCGGCCGGUUACGCGGCGAGGACGUUCGUCGAGCACGGCAUGGCUGAUGGCCGCCUUUGCAUCGUCUCCAAGGAGGCGUAUCCGCCAUAUGAGCGACCAGCACUGACAAAGGGCUAUCUUUUCCCUCCAGACAAGAAGCCUGCUCGUCUACCUGGCUUUCAUACCUGUGUUGGAUCAGGUGGGCAGAGGCAGACUGCUGAAUGGUACAAGGAGAACGGCAUAGAGGUAUUGUAUGAGGAUCCAGUUGUAGCGUUUGAUGGCAAAACACAUACCUUAAAAACUUCAUCAGGGAAAAUUCUGAAGUAUGGGUCACUUAUUAUUUCUACUGGCUGUGAAGCUUCAAGGUUACCUGCUAAGAUUGGAGGAAAUUUGCCUGGAGUUCACUAUAUACGUGAUGUUGCUGAUGCGGAUUCUCUAGUAUCUUCAUUGGGAAAAGCAAAGAAAAUUGUUGUUAUUGGUGGGGGCUAUAUUGGCAUGGAGGUAGCAGCAGCAGCUUGUGGCUGGAAUCUCGACACAACUAUUAUAUUCCCAGAGGACCACAUUAUGCCAAGACUCUUUACACCUUCCCUUGCUAAGAAGUAUGAGGAACUGUAUCAGCAAAAUGGUGUCAAAUUCAUUAAGGGAGCUCUUAUUGAUAAACUUGAAGCUGGCUCUGAUGGUAGGGUGUCAUCUGCAGUACUUGAAGAUGGAUCUGUAGUUGAAGCUGAUACAGUUAUUGUUGGUAUAGGAGCAAGACCAGUUAUUGGCCCAUUUGAAGCUGUUGGGGUCAACACUAAAGUUGGUGGAAUAGAGGUUGAUUCCUUGUUUAGAACUAGUAUACCUGGUAUCUUUGCUAUUGGAGAUGUAGCAGCUUUUCCCCUCAAGAUGUAUGAUAGAAUGACUCGAGUUGAGCAUGUGGAUCAUGCUCGGAAGUCUGCACACCACUGUGUUGAAGCACUCCUAACAUCACACACAAAGCCGUAUGACUACCUUCCAUAUUUCUAUUCAAGAGUUUUUGAGUACGAAGGAAGUUCAAGGAAAAUUUGGUGGCAAUUUUACGGUGAUAAUGGUACAGUAUAUAACAUAAUUGGCGAAACAAUUGAAGUGGGAAGCUUUGAACCAAAGAUUGCUACCUUCUGGAUUGACUCUGAUAGUCGACUGAAGGGUGUUUUCCUUGAGAGUGGUAGCUCAGAGGAAUUUUCGCUUCUUCCUCAACUCGCUAAGUCUCAGCCCGUUGUAGACAAAGCUAAGCUCAAAAGUGCAACCUCUGUCGAGGAUGCCUUAGAGAUCGCAAGAAGCUCUCUCCACUCUGGUUCUUCUGUUUAGCUCUCAAGCAUCUAGAAAAAUUCAGUUUGUGUCCUGUUACAUCUUUUAAAACACCGAGACUUCAACAAUAAUUCUCCACAAUCCCACGGCAUUCGUUUAUGCGGGAUUGUAAAAUUCUUAGAUGUACCUACGUUCGCAUUUCCAAUUUGAAAUAAACUUGGUUGCCCUUUGAGGGGUUUGAUAAAGAUAUGAUAAUGAAACCCAUGGAAUGUUACUUUC